CCUUUUUGGACAUAUUUGGUUUUUCUUAUUAAAUAAUAUAGUUUGGUUAUCGCUUUUAUAGUUGAUUACGUCAUCGUCUCGUGAUAAAGUUAAGUAUUUUGUUUACGGUGUAAAAAACACAUACCAGAAAAUUCUGGCAUUUAUAUCAACUGCAUAAAGUUUCAGAUUUCAGCACUUUUUCAUCUAGUAGUGUUUAAACUCAUAUAACAGGAAACCAUUCAAUUCAAUUUCAGUGUGCAUAAUAAUUCUUAAUUUCAUUCUCUUGAGAGGAUCGACAUGUGUAUUUACAUAUUAACUUAAUCAAACAAAUUUAACUAAUAAAAUAAACAUGCACGAGUAACAAACAUUACUUUUACACAUGUCUAAUCAUCAUAUCAUCUUGCGUCACGUCAACAAUACAGCAUAAUACCACCUCACGUAUUUUUUCGUAGGUUUGCUUGGUUAAUGUGUGGUUAAUGUUUGGUUAAUACUGGAAUGGAAUAUUACACCCAUCAUUAAGCACCCAUGAUAUGAUAGUAGCCAUUUACUUAACAAAGUAAACUGAAACCUUGAGUUUUUUUCGUAAUAAAACACUAACUUCUACUGGAUACAUUUUUAUUAUAAGGCGGUGUCUGGGUCUGCAUUCAGUUAGUUAGAGAAUAAUAAUUUAUUACUUUUAGUCAGUUAAAGGAGGCUAAUAAAAGUAGUCAUGACAUGAUAAUUACUGAGAUCACAUACACACUUGGCUAAAAAACCGGGCGGGUAGUAAUCUCUUCUCCCGAAUUGUGUAAGAGUGGUAAAAGUUUAGAUUUUUUUCGGUUUAUUACCCGGCUGAUUUUAGGACGCAUUAAUAUUUUACAUAGGCAGCAAAAUAUUUCACAAUAACAUGUCUGAAACAGUGGUGGUAGAAAGUGGGUGCGGUUGUAAUGUGGAUUCGGACAGUAUUAUUAACGGAGAAAGUAAAGUUGACCACAGUCCGAGAGUGCUGUCCAUUCAGAGUCAUGUAGUUUCCGGCUACGUGGGAAAUAAGUGUGCCGUGUUUCCACUACAGGCACUUGGAUUCGAAGUGGAUUUUAUAAACUCGGUCCAAUUUUCGAAUCAUACGGGAUACGGAAAGUGGAAGGGUCAAGUACUUAUGGAUACAGAUUUAGAUGACUUGUACCAAGGGCUUGUGGAUAACGAGCUGGUGAAUUAUUCUCAUCUUCUAACCGGAUAUGUGGGCACGGUCUCCUUUCUCCAAAAGAUUCAGAGUGUGGUCGCUUCCAUCAAGAAGAAACUGCCAAACUGCGUUUAUCUAUGUGACCCAGUACUUGGAGACAAUGGGCACUUUUACGUACCCGAAGCACUCAUUCCAGUUUAUACUAGAGACGUUCUACCACUUGCAGAUAUUACAACGCCAAACACCUUUGAACUCGAACUGUUCAGUGGAAUGAAGAUCGUAACUGAAACCGAUGCUCUUCUCGCCAUGGACAAAAUUCACGAUUUGGGAGUCAAAAUUGUCGUACUUUCCAGUUUAGACAGCGCCGGGGCUGAUUUGGACACGUAUGCUUCGGUUCGAUCAGAGAGUGGCACUAGACGAGUUUGGAAAACCACGUCUCCGCGACUGGAUGACAUCUUCACGGGAACCGGAGACCUCUUUGCUGCCCUCUUCCUCGGGUGGUAUCACAAACUGGGGGCUGAAAAUAUACCCGAAGUUCUUCGCACAACUCUGGCCACGAUGCAAGUUGUUCUUCGGCGGACAAAGGAAUAUGCGGAGGCACACCCUAAAGUGACCACAAACCCGACCGGGAGACCGAUACCCAAGGAGCUUCGCCUCGUACAAAGUUUGGACGUCAUUUUGAACCCACCGCUGGAUGACCAUGUCGUCACUGAAAUUCCCAUAAAAUUGGCCUAAAAACCGUACGGCCACGGCGGUGGUAGUAUUUAGUAGUACUGAUCAAGUAAAAGACUGUAGUAGAUGGAAUUUAGGUGGUAGUUGACCUAUUCGAAGGAAACGAUGUACGACGAUUUCGAUGUGAGAGAGAUGACAAAUAAGUAACUUAAUUAAUCUGAUCAGACAGAAACAAUCGUUAAAAAAAUGAUAUAGUGAUAAUAGGACGUAACGUGUGACAAUAUUAAGAUUUAGGCUUUAUGCAUAGCUUGUUAUAAUAUUAUUGAAUUCAUAAUGAAUUGUAUGUAUAUACAAAGUGGUUGGUGGUGCUCAGGAUCAGAAACAUUUCCAUUUAUGCAGUCAAACAAACAUUGUGACCAAGUUUUGUCUUCCAUGCAUAACAUUAAUUUUGUGCAGAUUUAUGUAAUAAUUAAUUACAUGUAAAAGUUAAUAGUUGAGUUGAAUAAAUCAAUGUCGCUUGAAAUUAAUAGAUUAA